AUGGCCGACAAGUUUGAGAAUGUGACCGCCCCGAAAGGCGGAGAGGAUCAGCUGGCCAACGGUUUGUCCCGCGGCGGCGGCGGCUCGUCGGAGCCUCUCUCCCGGCGUGUAAAGCGAAUACUGAUGGCAAACCUCCUGGUGAUUCUGACCGUGGCGGGCGUCAUUAUAGGGGUUUUCAUCGGCCUCGGCGUGCGCAACGUGGAACUCUCCCGCACCCAAAUCAUCUACAUCGGCUUCCCAGGCGAGUUGCUUAUCCGGCUGCUCAAGAUGAUUAUUAUCCCAUUGGUGGUAUGCAGUCUGGUCUCCGGGGCGGCAAGUAUCGAUCCAAAAGCCCUGGGCAAGCUGGGAGGUUGGGCGAUGCUCUUUUUCCUGGUCACCACGUUGAUCGCCUCAUCCAUCGGCGUGGUGAUGGCCUAUAUCAUCAGCCCUGGCUCGGUAACGAUGGGAAAACCUCAAAUUGCCGGCUUGGAUGCCAGCGUCCCCGAGCCCAAAGAGGUCAUAGACUCCUUUUUAGACUUGAUCAGAAACAUCUUUCCCUCCAACUUGGUGUCUGCUGCCUUUCAGUCUUACGCAACAAGCUACAAGCUGGUGAGCGUUAAUAACACAAACGGAGUCCUCAACUACACAGCGGAGAAGGUCCCUUUUGGAACAAACCAGGACGGGAUGAAUAUUCUUGGCCUCGUCGUGUUUGCCAUCGUGUUUGGUGUGGCUUUGAGGAAAUUGGGGGAGGAAGGCGAGAUCUUGAUUAAGUUCUUCAACUCAUUCAAUGAAGCCACUAUGGUGUUAGUCUCCUGGAUCAUGUGGUAUGCUCCUUUUGGUAUCAUGUUCCUUGUUGCUGGCAAGAUUGUGGAAAUGGAGGACGUUGGCACGCUAUUUGCCAGUUUGGGAAAAUAUAUAGCAUGCUGCGUUGUCGGGCAUGCCAUUCAUGGCUUCAUUGUGUUGCCCGCCAUUUACUUCGUCAUCACAAGGAAGAACCCGUACACUUUUCUGUGGGGAAUAUUCACUGCUCUAGCCACUGCCUUUGGAACAGCGUCCAGCUCUGCCACACUCCCCCUGAUGAUGAAGUGCGUAGAGGAAAAUAACGGCAUCUCCAAGCAAAUCAGCCGCUUCAUUCUUCCGAUAGGCGCCACCGUCAACAUGGACGGAGCCGCGUGCUUUCAGUGCGUGGCCGCCGUUUUCAUCGCUCAGUUGAACAACUAUUCCCUCAACUUCAUCCAAAUCAUUACCAUCCUUGUGACUGCCACAGCAUCAAGUGUCGGUGCAGCAGGAAUACCCGCUGGCGGGGUAUUGACGCUUGCUAUCAUCUUGGAGGCAGUCAGUUUGCCCACCAAUGACAUAUCCCUCAUCUUGGCUGUUGACUGGCUAGUGGACCGCACAUGCACAGUGAUAAACGUGGAGGGCGAUGCCUUCGGAGCAGGCCUCUUGCAGUUUUUCGUAGACCGCACUGCCAAGAAAGAAGGAGGAGCAGAGCUAGGCGAGGUCAGACCCUUCACACCACCCGCUGAGCACUCGCCGCUCAUUGAAGUGAAAGGCAUCGGACACCGCGACAACAACAAAACAUCAUACCCGGAUAAAGAAUCUGUCAUGUAA